AUGGAGAAAGUCAAACGUUUCUGGAAGAAUGACCGAGAGUUUAAUAUUGAUUCGGACUAUUUCCAGUUAGCGGACUCUAUAUGUUUGCUGUUUGAACAGCGACCACCGUUGACUGACCGAUUAAGCCUCAGAGUAAUAUGGGCAUUCCUGAGCAUUUCCCACGCGUUCCAGUAUAUUUGCUUCGCAAUUCAACUGGUGCGAUGUUUCGGCAAAUCUCCAAUGAAUGUUGAAGAAGUUACCAGUAUCGGAAAUUUAAUAUUCGUGCUGACUAUUGCCGUUCUGCGAGGACUCAGUUUGGCGUACCAUCGCGAUGCCAUGCUGGAAUUGAAACAAUACGUCAACUCAAAAUCUUGCCGCCGAACGGAUCCUGAUGCUUUUGCGCUGCGCAAGAGUAAAUAUUUGAAGGUUAACCGCUAUGUAGCAUGGUUCCACAUCAUAACUACGAUGAACAGUUUCACCUGGGCGUGCACCACUGGACUACAAGAAGAUGUUUUCAAAAUUCCUUACCUCAUCGACGGAUUGUCUGAUACGACGAAGGAGAAGCUAAACUUUUGCUUUUCAAUGCUGUUUAUUCCGUGGUGUUACACGUUGUGGUAUAGUCCCACACAGUUUAUUUCGCUGUUGAGCAUAUUGCAUACCGAGCUGACUAUUAUUGUGGGGCAGUUUGAGGAUAUACUCGAAAAAGUGGUUGCCAAAUAUGCCUUCGAUUGUUUUGUACUCAAUGAAAUGUCAAGUAUGUGCAGAAACACUUUUUGGAUUGAUUUGGACAAUGAGUUCAAAAUUGCUUUGGUUCAUCAUAUGACUUUCGUUAGGAAACUGUCACUACUACGAAACAUUUCCAGCAUGAACUUUUUCAUACUUCUUUGCUCGAGUACGCUGAUUAUAACCUUCAACAUAUUUCUGUUUCUCAUGGAACCUUCGUUGGGGCAUAUGCCUUUGCUACUUUUGGCGUUGCAGUACAUUUCGGAAACGUAUUUAUGCUGUACGAUGUUCAACAACUUAGCAAUUGAGAAUAAUCGAAUCAACUAUUUGGUCUACGUUUGCGACUGGCUGAACUCGGUGAUCAAAGAUCACUCACUGGACCGACCUUAUUGCUCUAGUAUCUAUCAGAACGCUGUGAUUCUUCACCAACAGGUUGGCAAAGGCAUAACCAUUCGGGCUGGAGGCAUGUUCAGCUUAAGUUUGCCAACGUUUACAACUAUGAUGAAAUCGGUUUACUCACUUCUAACACUGAUGCUGCAGUCAAUGGAUAUGAAACCAAAAAAUAAGUGAAAAGUACAUUAAGCUGCUAGUACACAGGGUCAAAUAUUUGUCCGAAAAGAAACCAAUGCUCAAACAUCUUGUUUGACUCGAUCAAAUUUUCAUUAGUGUCAAACUGAUGUUGUUUCUUGAGUUCUUUCCUUGUCAAAUAUUUGGCCCUGUGUACUACUAGCCUUAUUGCAUCUGUAUUGUAGCGUGUUGCCAAGUUUGAAACACAAUAGGGGGAUUAGGGGCAUAAUGGACACCCGGGGCGAAAUGGACACCCCUGUUUUUGCUGAAACCGUUGACUUUUAUGUAAAACUUUCAAUGCAUAAGUGUAAAGGAACAAGUCAUUGUUCGAUUUUUCAAAACUACCAUUUAUAUUUCUUCAAAAUAACCAAAAUAUCAUUGAAAUUGAAGUAUGUUUUUCAUAUGGUGGAUUUCUUAUAAUUUCGAACCAGCAGCAAAUAAGGUAUUACGAGUGAUUGAGUGUGUCCACCAUACAAACAAGUGAAUUGUUAGCUUAUCUACAUGUAUACGUAGAUUUAGCAAAGGAUGAACUAUUAUAUUUUUGAUCAGAACACACUGAAAAUAGCAAUUUCAAUGUUGUAGUCUAUUCGGGGCGAAAUGAACACUGGCAAUUAUGAAUGGAUGUACGCGCGUUGCAUACUGUUAGGCGUUUUAGAGAGUUUGAAAAUAUUCAAUGCGAUUAUUUUUACCUAAAAUUUAUUUAAUUAACUUUGCAGUUGUGUAAACUCGUCUAAGAUGGAGUAUUAUAUCUGUGGCAUUGUUCUCCGUUGGCAAAUUACUUAACUGGUCGAUAUUCUCAAAGAUACAGCAUAAAAUAUGCAGGGGUGUCCAUUAUGCCCCGAUGGGUGUCCAUUUCGCCCCGUAACUUUCCUGCCAGCCCCAAAAAACACACGGUUUUCAAUUCAUUAUUUCUUUACAAUAAUGAAAUUCUACCAGCUGUAAAUGAUUGAAAUACGUAGGAAACAAGUUAAAGUUCAGUUCAGUUCAGUUGGCUUACACUGAUAAUAUGUUAAGAUUUUGUCUGUUAUACAGGCCCAACAUACUCAUUUGCUUAGGGUGUCCAUUAUGCCCCUAAUCCCCCUAUUUGAAAGUGUAUGAAAAAUAAAAAUAAAAACAACACUACGGAAUUGUCGACAUCGCUAACAACU